AGCAGCGUGAGACACAGAUAACGUGCUCACAGGGAUGCGAAGAUUCCAAGGAAGCUUUUGUUCUUUCUUGAGUCGCAAUUCCGCACUACUGGCGCCCUCAUCGAGGCGAACAUUUCAGUCCGUUUCUUGCUUACACGCCCAAGUCAGUCCCCUACCUACAAAAGCCAUGUCCGGCACCGCUGAGGAACAAGUUCCUCCCGGCCAAACCGACUACUCAACAUGGACUACGUCAAGCCUCGUUGCUCGAAUCACUGAAUUAGAGCGCCAGCUGCACUCCCGGACAGCGGAGUACGCUGCAACCCCUUUGAAACAACCUGAAGACGCAGCCAAAAGUGCCUCAAGUGAUGGCAAGCCGAACAAGAGCGAGCCUUCAUCUCCGGCUGGGAACAAGAAGCAGCCACGGCCACCAAAACCACCUAAAGUGCGCAGGGAAAUCGAUCCGUCAAGAUACCAUACACGAUUUAUUGCUUUAAAGUUUGCCUAUCUGGGUCAACGGUACAACGGGCUUGAACAUGCGAACGGGAAUGCUACGCCGCUACCCACUAUCGAGGAGGAGCUGUACAAGGCUCUGCGAAAGACGCGCCUGAUAUUCCCAACAGAUACAUCGGGUGAUGAGUUUGUUGAGAGCCAUGCGCCGCGUGAAACGAAACCGUAUCACAUCAACUGGGAUGGGUGCGAUUAUUCAAAGGCCGGGCGUACGGAUAGAGGUGUCAGCGCGUUUGGACAGGUUAUUGGUAUCAGAGUGCGAAGCGCACGGCCGAAGUCCAGUGAGGUUGUACCGUCUGGUGAAAACGCCGAUGCGACCAUGCAAAAUACGGAAGAGGCGAAUGAUUCGGUGGAAGAUGAUUGGGAUGAUAUCAAGAACGAGCUACCCUACGUGAGUCUGCUGAACAAGGUGCUUCCCGAGGAUAUCCGAGUAUUGGCAUGGUGUCCGCGCCUCCCUGAGGGAUUUGAUGCCCGCUUCUCUUGUGGGGAACGUCAUUAUAAAUAUUUCUUCACCCAGCCGGCAUUUUCUCCUACACCGGGGCCUUCGGGUUUGAUCUCGCGGGAUGGAAAAGGUACGCCUCCGAAAUUUAGAGAGGGUUGGUUAGAUAUCAAUGCAAUGCGCGAAGCUGCCAAGUACUUCGAGGGAACACACGAUUUCCGGAACUUCUGCAAAUUGGAUGUCACUAAACAGAUCGAGUCUUUUCACCGGGACAUUUUCCGCGCCGACAUUGAGCUUCUCGAUGCCAGAACCAAUCCCUUGGGUUAUGUCACUCAGCCGGAAUUUCAAGCCGUGGCGGACUCUGCUACAGGACAAAGCACGGAGUCUUCAACCACACCUCUGCCAACAGCAUCCCAGGUAUACGUGUUCCACCUGGAGGGUUCUGCCUUCUUGUGGCAUCAGGUCCGACACAUGGUCAAUGUCCUUUUCCUAGUAGGUCAAGGGCUCGAGCCGCCGUCCAUUGUGGCGGAGCUGCUUGAUGUCUCCAAGAACCCGCGAAAGCCAACUUACGAGAUGGCUUCCGAUGCUCCUCUUGUUCUCUGGGACUGCAUCUACCCUGACAAGAAGAGCGGCAGUCGUGCGGACACCUUGGAUUGGAUUUAUGCUGGUGACGUUCGGCAAAUUAAAUCCCAUCUCGGUAAGGGGGGUGGUAAGUUCGGUCUCGGAGGGAUCGUAGAGGAGCUCUGGUCCACCUGGAGGCAGCGCAAGAUGGAAGAGAUCUUGGCUGGCGCAUUGCUAGAUUUGGCUGUCAGCCAGGGAGACAAAACCUCUACCAUCGGCGAAGGAAUUGAGCCAGUCUGGGAGCGAAAGAACCGGGGCAAGAAGAUUUUUGUUGGCGCCAAUGAAACCAGGACAGGUGGGUUUUAUGUCCCGGUCAUGCAGAAGAGGAAGACAGAACUCGUGGAAGUCCAAAACGCGAGAUGGCUCGCAGCAAAGCAACGGAAGAUGGAGAAUGGCGCAAAGCCUACCAAGAUGGAAAUAUAGAUAGAAUAUCACAUAUGCCCACCAUUUGAAUAUACAUGCAUGGGAUGG